AUUAUUCUGACAACAUUUAAUGUAGUACAAUUUAUAUGGCUGAUUUUCAAGAACAGCUGAAACAAUAUCGCCUAAAGAAGCGAAGGAAAGAAACGCUUGAAAGCAUAAAAGACAAAUUUCACAGAUUCUGGAUGUUUGGCACAGGCUCUAGUAAUGACACUAAAAUCGAUUUGCAACAGGUACCGUCCACGUAUCCUUCAAGCAACAACUCCGAAUUGUUUGAGGAAAACUCGCACGAUGAAUCUCUGUCCUCCAGUGCAAACGAAUUGGUGGAAGAAAGGAACACUGUUCCCAAAACCCAAAACCAUACAGAGGGAAACGUACUGAAGUAUACUCUUUGGACUGUAUAUCUUCUUUUUUGGAUAACUCUGUACGUAAUAGCGAUUGAACUGAAGUUUGGAUUGGUUUAUCUGAUGUUUUCUGCACUGUUUGGUAUUUACUUUAAUACGCGAACGGGCCCCAAAAAGCAAAAUGAAAUUAGCGCAUACAGCGUUUUUAACAAGAAUUUUGAGAGUAUAGAUGGUACACUAAAGGCAGAACAAUUCGAACGUGAAAUUCGAUACGGCUCAGGAAGUGUUAAAUAAAUGUAUAUUUGUAUAUGGAGCUUGAGCUUUGAAGAUCCACAUUAAAAUAGUAUUCCAAAAUAUGAUAUAAUUUUCAUAAAACCGAUGUUAAAAUUCUACAUGUCCUCUGAAUGUUACAACUUCAUACAAAUGUAAGGGAGCUUACUAGGACGCGCAGAUGUUUAAAGAGUCUACAAGAUGGACCUUUGAAGUUAGACAUUCAAUAAAUCGAUAUAUUUUGAGCAUUCCGUAAUGCUAGAAUGAUCCUAACACAAAAUAAA